AUGGCAACCAAGUUUGGCUUAGCCGGCGGCAUUCCCGAGCGCAAGGUUCGUCCAAUAUGGGAUGCCAUUGAUUCACGCCAGUUCAAGAACGCUCUCAAACACGUCACCACUCUCCUUGCUAAGCACCCUAAUUCCCCCUACGCACUCGCUCUCAAAGCGCUGGUGCUUGAACGGAUGGGAAAGCCUGACGAGGCCUUUUCCGUUGCGCUCAACGCGAAGGAGCUUCUCUACGCGAACGAUUCUCUGCUGAUGGACGAUCUCACUCUCAGCACCCUUCAGAUUGUGUUUCAGCGACUGGAUCACUUGGACUUGGCUACCGGGUGUUAUGAACAUGCCUCUAGUAAAUUCCCGGGUAACUUGGAACUAAUGAUGGGGCUGUUUAACUGCUAUGUUCGAGAGUAUUCGUUUGUGAAGCAACAACAGACAGCUAUCAAAAUGUAUAAGCUUGUUGGAGAAGAAAGGUUUCUUCUUUGGGCAGUUUGCAGCAUCCAAUUACAGGUACUUUGUGGCAGUGGAGAAGACAAGCUUUUAUUUUUAGCUGAAGGCUUACUUAAGAAACAUGUAGCUUCACAUAGCUUACAAGAACCCGAAGCUCUUACAAUCUACAUUUCUAUAUUGGAACGACAAGCUAAGUUUGGUGAUGCCUUAGAAAUUCUGUCUGGGAAAUUGGGAUCACUGUUGAUGAUUGAAGUUGAUAAGCUACGGAUGCAGGGGAGACUUCUGGCUCGGGCAGGUGACUACAGUGCAGCGGCUGAUAUCUUUAACAAAAUUCUGGAGUUAUGCCCUGAUGACUGGGAGGGCUUCCUUCAGUACCUAGGCUGUUUGUUAGAAGAUGAUAGUAUUUGGUGUGAUGAGGCUGUUAAUGAUCCUGUUCAUCCCCCAAAGUUUGUCAACUGCAAAGUCUCACACUUGACAGAAGAACAGUUUGACAGUCAAAUAUCAAUCGCUUCCGCAUGUGUACAGAAGUUGCUAGCAGAUACUGUUAAUAACUUGAUAAGGUGUCCAUACCUGGCAACUAUAGAAAUUGAGCGAAGAAAGCAUUUGUAUGGGAAAAGAAAUGAUGACGAUGUAAUGAAUGGCAUUGUGCAAUACUUUUGCAGGUUUGGUCACUUGGGCUGCUUUACAUCCGAUGUUGAAAUGUUUGUUGAAGUGAUCACUUCUGAUCAGAGGACAGAACUUUUGGAGAAGUUAAUGAAAGCUCAGGACACUUUAUCAGUUCCACCAACCAAGGCUCUUGGGCUGUCUAUAAGCUUUUUCAAAAUUAAACAAUUAUUGCUUGGGGACAUCUCCACAUCUUGUGCAAGGGAUCUUGAGGCCUCUUGUGUUCAAAUGUUUGAGAUGUAUUGCACAAACCUUCCACUUUCAAAAGAUUUGGAUCCACAGGAGGGGACAUAUGGUGAGGAGCUGCUUUCAAUGAUAUGUAGCAUUUUGGUCCAGUUAUUCUGGCGUACUAAAGACGUUGGUUAUUUGGUUGAGGCAAUUAUGGUUUUGGAGUUCGGCUUGGCAAUACGAAGAUAUGUGUCACAAUACAAGAUCCUGCUGUUGCAUUUGUAUAGCCACUGUGGUGCUCUUGCAGUGGCACAUGAAUGGUACAAGUCCAUGGAUGUCAAAAAUAUCUUGAUGGAAAGUAUAUUGCAUCACAUAUUGCCUCAGAUGUUGGUAUCUCCUCUUUGGACUGAGUUAAACAAUCUGCUAAAAGAUUACUUGAAGUUUAUGGAUGACCACUUCAGAGAAUCUGCAGAUUUAACUUUUCUUGCAUAUCGACAUAGAAAUUACUCAAAAGUAAUUGAAUUUGUCCAGUUUAAGGAUAGGUUGCAACACUCUAGUCAGUAUUUAGUGGCCCGAGUUGAAACAUCCAUUUUACAACUAAAGCAGAGUGCCAAUAACAUUGAAGAAGAAGAGGGUGUUCUUCAAGGCAUGAAAUGCGGUGUUCACUUCCUUGAGCUGUCUAAGGAGGUAGGGUCAAAGUCUUUGACCUUCAAUGAGGACUUGCAGUCAAGGCCCUGGUGGACACCAUCUUCAGAGCAAAAUUACCUUUUAGGGCCAUUUGAAGGGAUUUCUUAUUAUCCGAAAAAAAUAUCGACCAAAGAUAGGGAAGCAAGUUUAAAGAGGGUUGUUGAAAAGAAAUCCCUACUUCCUCGGAUGAUCUAUCUUUCGAUUCAAAGUGCUUCAGUAUCAACCAAGGAGCAUGCGGAGGUCAAUGGUUCGGUUACCCCGGACAUUACAUCGGAGCUAAAAUUGUUGCUGGAGUGCUAUGCACAAUUUUUGGGCUAUUCUCUGACUGAAGCAAUAGAAGUGGUCAUGGAUUUCUAUAAUGAAGAAAGGUCUUCUGUGGUUUCUGACUCCAACUUGAUUGACUGGUUGAAUUUCACUGUAUUUUUAAAUGCCUGGAGCUUGAGUUCCAAUGAAUUUGUGAAUCCAGAUGGAAAUGGAUGUAGGCCUCGAAUUUGGAAUAUCUUAGAUUCUUUGCUGGAAAAGUAUAUUUUAGAGAAGAUUAGGUCCAUAGAGCCUCAGCUCUGUUCUCCUUGGAGUGGCAUUGAACUUCUGAUACAGAUAGUUACAGAACCAUUGGCGUGGCAUGGACUUGUUAUCCAAUCUUGUCUGAGAUCCUGUUUUCCAUCUGGUAAAAAGAAAAAGAAAAGUGGAUCAGCUUAUCAGUCUAGCUCGAAUAUGGCUCAUGCUAUAACAGAUUCUGUGGUGCAUUUAUCUCAUGUGUUAGAGGAUGUUAUGAAAUGGAUUAGUGAAUGGUUGAGAAAACCUGAAGAUGAGAAUAUGGAGAACAUUUUUUUCCUUCUUAACAAAGACGGGAAUAAUGAUGGACCAGGGAAGGUCUUUCGCAUGCUAGAAAAAUUUAUUUCCUCUGUGAACGACGCUGAAUUUGGUGAUCAUAUUGCCCCACCUCUCAAGUCUUGGAGUCCUGCUGAUGUUGCCAGGAAAAUGAUUUCUGGGAAGCUUAGAGUACUGAUGGAAUUUGGAGACAUAUGUGACUCAAAAUUGAAGUUAUUACAUUCUUUGAAACAGCACAUAGCACAAAUAUGAAGAAUCCUCCAGAUUAUUUAUGCCUGACAAACCGCUUAUCAAUUUGAAAACACAUAUAUUCAAUGCCAGGGUUUGAGAAAAUGUGCUUCUGUCCUGCUGUUAUUUUCAUUGCCUUCAUCAUCUACAGAAUAUGCCGUAUUGGAAAAGCUUCUAUGGGACAGUUAUCAUGGUGUGUUGCUAGCUCAUUGUUCGCUCUUAUUUUUAUGGUCCUUUUCUUGUAAAAUCACACCCACCCACCCCCUUUUGAGCUGUCUCCGGAUUUUCUUAAGUGUAGUCUGAGCAGAAAUUUUGGCAGUGUAUUGGUUCGAAUUUUUUUAAAUUAAAGUAAAAUUUCAAAAUAUUCUGAUGAUGAUAUAUGCAUCAUUAUUGCAAAA